AAAAGUCUCACUGGUUUAUUUUGAAUGGCAAAAUGUUCAAAGUUAGCUCGACGUACAAUUGUAAAAUAUUAGAAAAGAAGACGCAUAUUAAAGCGUCUGUUUACAGGUCAGUGAGUUUUGAAGCGUUAAAAGAGAAGGAAUCAGACGUGCAGCUGGGUGACGCAGUGUGAACUGUGAUAGGAGACCUUUGGCCCCACUCAGAGGAUUAGCAUCGAGCUCAGACCGUCGACAGCCUGACACCUGAUCGCUGCAGUGUGGCGCACAGUUUGGACAGGAAGCAGGAAUUGGCGUUGUUAGUCUAGAAACAUGCGGCGGAAAGGGAGCACACCGUCAACAGAGGAAGGCCAACUUAAAGCUCUGUCACUGACAUCAGCUUAACGUGCAGUCCUAUUGAAAGAGCCCCGCGCCUAACUCGCGCAGCCUUUUACGCGCAUUUUAUGGAGAUAUAUAGAUGACAAGACCUGCACGCUGCGGGUUGCUCUCAGCAUCUAUUUACUGUGGAACAUGGCGAGAGAGAUGACGGGAGCUCAUCUCCUCGCACUAUUCUUCACUUUUGUAAUAACACUUUUCAGGGAAACAGAUGGACAGGACACUGGGUUUAGUCUGAGUCCUCCGUAUUUCAACCUCGCUCAGGGGGCGAAGAUCUCUGCCUCAGCAACCUGCGGUCAGGAUGAGGCUGGGAUACCGAGAUAUGAUUUAUACUGUAAGCUGGUCGGAGGACCCACCGACGGAGAUCUCACUCAGAACAUACAGGGUCAGUUCUGUGACUACUGCAACAACGUUGACCCCAACAAAGCCCACCCGGUGACCAAUGCCAUUGAUGGGACAGAACGAUGGUGGCAGAGCCCUCCUCUCUCUAGGGGACUGGUUUACAACGAGGUGACUGUUACCCUGGACCUUGGACAGCUCUUCCAUGUGGCGUACGUCCUAAUCAAGUUUGCCAAUUCACCUCGUCCUGACCUCUGGGUGUUGGAGCGCUCCGUAGAUAACGGGAGAACCUUCACCCCCUGGCAGUAUUUUGCACAUUCAAAGCGUGAGUGUAUUGAAAGGUUCGGAAAGCAGCCCAAUGUUCGAGUACUAUAUGAUGAUGAUCAGCUUUGCACAACAGAAUACUCACGGAUUGUUCCGUUGGAAAACGGAGAGAUCGUGGUGUCUCUGGUCAAUGGUCGGCCGGGGUCCAAAAACUUUACCUACUCGCCGGUACUGAGAGACUUCACCAAGGCUACCGAUAUCCGCCUGCGCUUUCUCCGCACCACAACUCUGCUGGGUCACCUGAUCUCCAAGGCCCAGAGGGAUCCUACCGUCACCCGCAGGUACUACUACAGCAUCAAAGACAUCAGCAUUGGUGGACGCUGUGUUUGUCAUGGCCAUGCUCAGGUGUGUGGAGGGGGGCGUGACCAGGAUAACCCCAACAGACUCCAGUGUGAUUGUCAACACAACACCUGCGGGGAGUCAUGUGACCGCUGCUGCCCCGGCUUCAACCAGAAGCCAUGGCGUGCCGCGACUGUUGACAGCCCCAAUGAAUGUCAGCCCUGCCAGUGUUUCUCCCAUGCCUUUGACUGUUAUUACGAUCCAGAGGUGGAAAAGAGCGGAGCAAGUUUAGACACCUUCGGCAGGUACAACGGAGGAGGAGUGUGCAUCAACUGCCAGCACAAUACUGCUGGACCGAACUGUGAUCAAUGUGUUGAAGGGUUCUACAGACCUUAUGGAGUUCCUCCUGAGUCUCCCACUGGGUGCAUACGCUGCAGGUGUGAUGAAAGGACCACAGCCGGUUGUGAGAUGGGGUCUGGAAGGUGUAUCUGCAAGCCACAAUUGGCUGGAGAAAACUGUGAACGGUGUGCUGACGGACACUAUUACUACCCACAGUGCAUCCCGUAUCCAGUUUAUCCGACGACCACCAAAUCCCCCGCAGGACCCAUUGUGGUACCCAGCCCCUGCCCCCAGGGUUAUUUUGGCUCACCGAACUGUCAGCCGUGUAUAUGCGACUACAGAGGCACAGUGCAGGGGGUGUGUGAUACUAUAGGACGCUGCCUGUGCCGUCUGGGUGUGGAAGGGGAGCGAUGCGACCGAUGUCAACCAGGAUACCACUCCUUCCCAAACUGCCAGGCGUGUCUCUGUGAUGGCUCUGGUGUUUCUGACAACAUGUGCAGUCCGAGUGGCCAGUGUGUAUGCCUCCCCAACUAUGUGGGCCAAAAGUGUGAUGAAUGUGGGCCAGGCUACUAUGGAUACCCAGACUGUGCUGCCUGCCGAUGUUCACAGGAAGGCUCUUAUGGCAAUGUGUGCAACCAGUUGUCGGGUCAGUGCCUGUGUCUCCCAGGAGUGGUGGGUCAGCAGUGUGACCGUUGUGCCUCUGGGCUCAGGUUCCCUCAAUGCUCAGCCCCCAUCAGUGCGUGUAACCCCGCUGGAACUGAGUCCGCAGAUCCUCAAACGGGCUCCUGCCGCUGCCGACCACACGUCGAGGGAACCCUGUGUGACAGGUGCAAACCUCGCUACUGGAAUCUGGCUCCAGACAACCCUCGUGGCUGUGCAGAGUGUCAGUGUGAUCUGAAAGGGACCCUGAGUGGUGUUGGAGAGUGUGAACAGAAAAAUGGAAAGUGUCACUGUAAGCUGUAUGCAUGUGGCGACUCUUGUGACACCUGUAAGGAUGGAUACUAUCUGCUGCAGAAAAAGAAGUAUUUUGGCUGUCAAGGUUGUGAGUGUGAUGUCGGAGGUGCUGUUGGCAUGGCGUGUGAUGAGAUGUCAGGAAACUGUCAGUGUCGGAAGAAUGUAGUCGGCCUUAAAUGCACCAACCCAGCACCAAGCUACUAUUUCCCCACUCUCCACCAACUGAAGUAUGAGGUUGAGGAUGGCAUCACUCCAAAUGGCAGACCAGUGCGCUUUGGUUAUAACUCAGAAGAGUUCCCAGAUUUCAGCUGGCGAGGUUAUGCCGUAAUGUCUCCUGCACAGAGUGAGGUCAAAGUAACAGUGCAUGUUCACCCAAAAAGUGGAAGGCAGCACUUGUACCGUGUGGUUCUGAAGUUCAAUAACCCGAGCAGCACCAGUGUGACAGGUAGCAUCAAGGCUACCAAUAACAGAGGCACUACAGGGUCUGAGCACAGUAAGGAAGUAAUAUUCCCACAGAGUCCUUCUCCAUCCUUCCUCACUGUCCCAGGAGAGGGCUUUGCAGAGCCCUUUGCUUUGACCCCUGGGAAAUGGAUCAUUCACAUCAGAGCAGAGGGGGUUCUUCUGGACUACUUAGUGCUGCUGCCCCAGGAUUACUAUGAGGCACCUUUGCUGCAGGAAAAGGUCACAGAGCCCUGCACAUACCUGCCCUCUGCAAACAGUGAUAUAAACUGUCUGUUGUAUAAGCAUGUGGCCAUAGACGGCUUCAGCUCGGCACUGGGCUCACAGGGAGUGCUCUCCAGCCGAAGCGGGCGCAGGAAGAGGCAGGCUCGAGUGUGGCGUCCCACCCCAGAUCACCCUGAGAUGGCUGCUCUCAAUGGCAGACAGUCACAGUUUCAACUCAGUCUACGUGUGCCUCGUCCUGGUCCAUACACUCUCAUCCUGGAGUAUGCAAGUGAGGUCGACACUGUGCAGAACGUGAACAUACUCAUCAGCGGGCAGUCAGGUGGUCAGAUCCCAGCCAGGGCUAACAUUUACAGUUGUGCCUACAGCUUUUUGUGCCGGAGUGUGGCUGUGGACAGCAACAAUGAGGUGUCAGUGCUGCAGCUCGAUCACAAGACAGAGGUUUUGCUGCAAACUUCCACUACGUCGUUCCUGCUGUAUAAAGUGUAUGCAGUCCCUGCUGAAGAGUUCUCCAUGGAGUAUGUGGAGCCUAAGGUGCUGUGUGUCUCCACUCAUGGCCGCUUCACUGAAGACAGUCGACACUGCAUUCAAAGUCAGUUUGAGAAGCCAACCUCAGCCUUCAUUUUAUACGCUGCUCGUGAUGGACAGCUCUCUUCAGCGCCUGCUGCUUCUCCACAACAAGGAGAGAGUGAGGACUGGAGAAGGAGACGACAGACCGGGGUGUACACUGACCGUGAGCCUCAUAACGACGGGGUGCUGCUUAAAUUUCCCCAGACUGAGAUCAAUUUCAUUCCUAAGGUUCCUCUCCCUGACAGGUAUGUGGUUGUGGUCCACUAUCACCAGCCUGAACACACCUCCUUCCCUGUGGAGGUGCAAGUGGACGCAGGGCGCGAGUGGAAGGGUUCAAUAAAUGCAUCGUUCUGCCCCACCAUCUCUGGCUGCAGGGAGGUUGUGAUCGCUGAUAGCCGCAUUGCCUUUGACUUUGAGCAGAAUCGGAGGCGGCAGCCCACCAUCUCUGUGAGCGUGCCACAGAGAAAAACUCUUAUUCUGGAUUAUAUCUUGUUGGUUCCUGAUAGCAGUUACUCCCCAGACCUCUUGAAAGUGAAGCCGCUGGAUAAAUCUGCAGAGUUCACACUGCAAUGCAGAGGAGAAGGUUUCUUUAUUGACCCAAGAACGUCUUCACAGUUCUGCAGAGAUUCUGCCCGCUCUCUUGUUGCAGCCUAUAAUGAUGGUGCUCUGCCCUGUGACUGUGACCGGUCUGGUGCUACUGGGACCAAUUGUGAUCCAAAUGGAGGACAGUGUCCCUGCAGGCAGCACGUCAUUGGUCGAAAGUGUACAAAGUGUGCCACAGGAUACUAUGGCUUCCCCUACUGCAGGCCUUGUGAGUGUGGCCGUCGGUUGUGUGACGAGGUGACGGGCCGCUGUAUCUGUCCCCCUCAGACAGUCAAACCAGCCUGUGAUAUAUGUGAGACUCAGACUUUCAGCUAUCACCCUCUGCUGGGCUGUGAGGGCUGUGGAUGUUCUCCAAAUGGCAUCAAAGCCAGCGCAGGACCAGAGUGUGAUGGCAUCACUGGACAGUGCAAUUGCAAACCAAGGAUUGGGGGCCGCCAGUGUGAUCGCUGUGCUGCAGGCUAUUAUCGCUUCCCUGACUGCAUACCCUGUAAUUGCAACAAAGGCGGUGCCACUUCUGACAUAUGCAAUCCAGACACAGGGAGGUGUCUCUGCAAGAAAAAUGUUGCUGGCAUCGGGUGUGAUACCUGUCGGAAAGGUUCCUUCUUCUUUGACCCCUCCAACUCUCAGGGCUGUACCAGAUGCUUCUGCUUUGGAGCGACUGACCGGUGUCAGAGCUCCAGCAAACGCAGGGGGAAGUUUGUUGAGAUGCAGGGUUGGCGUUUGGAAAGACCCAACCAGGAGGAGGUUCCCACUGUGCUGAACACAGCCAGUAACACUGUGGUGGCAGACAUCCAGGAGCUCCCUCCUACAGCUCAGACUCUACACUGGGUGGCACCAGCGUCCUACCUGGGAGACAGGGUUUCAUCUUAUGGAGGUAUCCUGACCUACCUGUCCAAGUCCUUUGGGAUUCCCAGCGAGGGGAUGACUCUUAUGGACAGAAGACCGGAUGUGGUGCUGAAUGGUCGGAAUAUGACUCUGAUCCACAUGGCUCCACAAGUCCCACUACCAGACCGGCUGUAUCAGGGCAGAGUCCAGCUCUUGGAGGGAAACUGGCGCCACGCCAUCACCAACCGACCCGUCUCCAGAGAGGAGCUGAUGAUGGUCUUAGCCGGUCUGGCUGGCCUGAGGAUCCGAGCUUUGUACUUCACUCAGACCCAGAGACUCAGCUUAGCGGAGGUGGGCCUGGAGGGGGCGACAGACACGGGGACAGGUGGUCCCGGAAACACUGUGGAAGAUUGCUCCUGUCCGUCUCAGUACAACGGGGACUCAUGUGAGAAAUGUUCUUCUGGUUUCUACAGAGACAACAGUGGGCCUUACCUCGGCCUCUGUGUGCCCUGCAAGUGUAACGGUCUGGCUGAUGAGUGUGAGGACAAAACAGGGAGGUGUCUGAACUGUCAGUACAACACAGAUGGGGACCGAUGUGAACGCUGCAAAGAAGGUUAUUAUGGAAACGCGGCUCAAAGGACAUGUAAAAUUUGCCCCUGCCCAUUCAGUGUGCCCUCAAACAAUUUUGCAGUAGGUUGCAUCGAGGAGCGUGGAGAUAUACAGUGUGUUUGCUCGGCAGGCUACACUGGAGCCCGGUGUGAGAGAUGUGCGCCUGGUUACUAUGGUGAUCCACUGACAGUAGGGGGAAGCUGUAAACGCUGUAAUUGCAAUGGCAAUGGUAACAACUGUGAUCCCAGGACUGGAGUUUGCAAGAACACGCUGGAGCCAGGAGACACAAACACAGAUGAGCAAUGCCGAGAGUGUGAUAACUGUGCCCAGACUUUGAUUCAUGACCUGGAGAAGUUGGAUGAAGAGCUGGUAAGGAUCAAGGCUCAGAUGGACAACGCCUCUGCCAGCGCCUCCUCUCAGGACAGGCUGAAGAAGCUGGAAAAGGCCAUUGCGGACACCAAGAUACUUGUCAACAAAUUCAGCUCCACCAGCAACUCUGAAAAGACCAAAGUCAACCAGCUGGAAGAGGACACUGUUACUCUCUCAGAUGACAUCAGCUCCCUCAAAGACAAGGCAGAUAAAAAGGCUGUUGAUGCUGACAAGGCAGUGGCAGAGGUUGAGAAAACCCACAAGAAAGCCAAAGAACUGGACUCAGAAAUUCAAAAUAUGCUCAAGAAAAUCAAAGCUCUUGUGGAUCAACUCAAGGAAAACAACAGUGGUGAUUCAGUUCCUAAUGAGAACCUGAAUACAAUGCUUGAAGAUGCCCAGCGCAUGGUGACUGAAAUGGAGAAUAGGAACUUCAUCCCUCAGAAGACAGCUGCAGACAAAGAAAGAGAAGAGGCCAAGAAAUUGCUGGACCACAUCAAGGCUAAUGUGAGUAAGCAGUGUGACCAGAACGAGGCUGCAGCAGAGAAGAUUCGGGGCCUUCUGAAGGGUUAUGAGGACAAGCUGAAGGACCUGGAUGAGGCUCUGAAAGAGGCUUCAGACAUGGUGAAUAAAGCCAACACCCAGAACGGACUGAGCGCUCAGGCACUCAAAGAUCUGCAGAAACGCAUCGAGGACUUAAAAAAUGAGAAGAAGACUGUUGAGACCCAAAUGAACUUGGCAGAAGACGAGCUGCAGAAGACAGAAGAUUUGGUGAAAUCACUGACAGACAACAAAAUGGAGUAUGAACAGUUAGCAGCAAAGUUGGAUGGUGCCAAGACAGACCUGACCAAGAAGGUGAAUGACAUUACCAAAGCAGCAAGUCAGGAGGAAAUUGUUGAGGAUGCUGAGGAACACGCUAGAAAUCUGGACAAAACUGCAAAGGACCUUGAGAAGUCUGUUAAGGACGCAAGUGAGCGCCCCGAGGUGCGUAACGCCAAAGAUGCUAUUGAUGCCUACAAGAAUAUCACGGAUGCCAUUAACGCUGCUGAGGCUGCAGCUAACGAGGCCAAAGCCGCAGCAGACAACGCACUGAAUAAUGUAAAAACCAAGAAGCUGACAGAGAGAGCCAAAAAGCUGAAAGACACGGGUGAUGGGCUGAUGCAACAUGCAAAAGAAGCAGAAAAAGACCUGAAAGAUGCUACAGAUGAUCUUACUGACGUGAAGAAGCGCCUCAACGACGCUGACACCAAGAAGAAAGCUCUCCAGAAGGACCUUGUGGAUACUAAGAACCUACUUGAUAAUACUAAGCAAGGUGACCUUGCUGGUAUGAUUGAUUCUGCCAAGAAGAUGGCAGCAGAUGCUUCUAAGAUUAACAGUGACACUAUGGACAGAGUGAACAAUAUCAAAGAGGAAAUUGAAAAGAUCAACGUCCCUGCUGGUGGCGCCAACCUGGGAGGUGUGUUGGAUGAUGUGGACAAGUCAGUGAAUGACCUUCUGAAUGCCAUCCCAUCCUUGAAUGAUAAGAUCUCAGAGGUGGAGAACCUGACGUCACAGUUUUCAUCAAUCAACAACAUAACUGACAACAUCAGGAAGAUCAAAGAUCUCAUUGAACAAGCCAGAGACGCUGCAAACAGGGUUGUGAUCCCAAUGAAGUUCACAGGUGAUGGCUACGUGGAGAUGCGUCCACCAAGGGACUUGGAGGACCUUAGGGCCUACACAGCCCUGUCUCUGUCUCUGCAGAGACCUGAAGGCAGAGGAGAUGGGAGACGCAGGCGCAGACAGGCCAGAGACAAAGCAGACAUGUUUGUGAUGUACCUCGGGAACAAGGAUUCUUCUAAGAACUACAUCGGGAUGGUUCUGCGUGAAAACAUACUGUACGGUGUGUACAAGCUCAAUGGAGCUCAUUAUGAGAUAAAGACAGCUUUCAUCACCAUGUCUAAGGAUGAGCCAGCCAAGUUUGACAAAGUGGACCUAAGCAGAAUUUACCAAGAUGUACAGAUGAAGCUCACCAAAGACAUCACCUCGACCGACGUUCAUACAACGAUCAUGGCCAGCCACAAAGGAGAUCAGAAACAGAACCUCCUGGACCUUGCUCCCAGUGAUGUUGUUUUCUAUGUUGGAGGUUAUCCCGAUGACUUUACUCCUCCAGCUCCACUGAACUUCCCUAAGUACAAGGGUUGCAUUGAGUUCUCCUCCUUUAACGACAAAGUGGUCAGUCUCUAUAACUUCAAGAAUCGAGUGAACAUCAAUUCCGUAUUACCAUGCAAGAGAUAUGUAUCUAUAAAGGGUUCUGACUACUAUGAAGGCACUGGAUACAGCAAAGGGGUUAUUGAAAAAAAAAUAACUACUCCCAUCGUCUUCGUGAUGUCAAUCAACUCACGAUCUGAAAAUGGUCUGCUCUUAUACAUAGGAAGUGAGGAUAAAUACUUAACUGUGACAAUAGAGAAGGGCAAGGCUGUUGUACACAGUAAUGCGCUCACAGGACCAGCUGUAUCAGGCGACAAAAUACUCCCGACAAAAGAUUGGGAAUCCAUCACUAUCAUUAAGACUGACGCAGAAGUAAUCGUCCGGGGAAAGAGUACAGUCCUAGCUACAGCCAAGGUUGGAUUCAAAAACAGUGAAGUGAAAGAAUACUACAUUGGUGGUGCCCCAACAGAAAUGAGAGAAAAAGAUAAGAUCACCAUGCAGCCGUUCAAAGGAUGCUUGAAGAAUAUGAAGCAGAAUGGCAAUGUUAUUGUACCUGUGGAGCAAUUGGGCGUCAGCAGUGGUUGUCCCGAGGACUCACUGGCUACCCGUACAGCAGAGUUCAGCAUGGGGAGCACCCUGUCAGCUGACCUCGAAGGCUUCAGUCUGGUCGAUGAUGUCACCGUCUCCGUAGGAUUUAAGAGCACCAAGAAUGAGGGUCUCAUCCUGCAGGACAAACAACAGGCUAAUGGCAUUAAUCUUUCAUUGGAAAACGGCCAUAUGGUUCUCAUUUUCAAUGACAAGAUCUGGAAAUCAAACAACAAAUACAGCGAUGACCAGUGGCAUUAUUUGACCGUAACCAAAAGAGCAGGAAGAAUUGAGCUGAUUGUUGACGAUAUAGAUGAGGGUCAAGUGCAGAGUGGCAGCUCUUCCAUCAGCGGCAGCUCAGGUGGCACAAUGAUCCUGGGUAAUGAGAAGUUCGAAGGAUGUGUGUCCAACCUGUACACAAGAAGGCCAAACAAUCUGUACAAGGCAGAGGACUUAAGCAGUUUUGACUCCACUGGAGAUGUCUUGCUGGAUGUUUGUUCUGCUGACAGUCCUAUUCAACUGAUGCUGGACCGCACUUCUAGGAAGGAUGGUGUAAUGCGGGUGAUAAAUGAGAGUCUGUCAGAGUGUGCGUUACCAGCCCUGGUUCAACAUGCCUAUCGUUUGGGUGGCCCUGUUAGCAGCCUGAGUUACAGCCUGCCCCUACAAGUCCUGCAGCCCAGGCCUCACUUCUCUCUGGAUAUCAGGACUCGUUCCCCUGAAGGCCUGUUAUUCUUUGCUUCGACCAGAGGAGGGCGCUCUCAUCUUGCUCUAUACAUAUCAAAAGGCAGGAUCAGACUGUCUGUGGGCAAACAGAAAGAGAUCUUCAACAGGGAGAAGUACAAUGAUGGAAAGUGGCACUCGGUCAUAUUCAGCUUGGAGAGAAAGAAGUUUCGAUUGGUAGUAGAUGGUAUCAGAGCUCAGGAUGGUCAGUUGACGAAUAGUGAGUUGACUUCCAUGCAGCAGUUUGUGUCGCCUGUGUACCUGGGCAGUCCACCUGAGUCCCUUCACAAAGAGCUAAAGUCCAAAGCCCUUCCAAAGCAGAGUAUGUCUGGCUGUAUCCGCAGUUUCAAAAUGAAUGGAGCGCCAAUGUCAAAUCCAACCACAAACCAUGGUGCUGGGCCCUGCUUUGAUGGACAGACACAAAGAGGAGCUUAUUUCUCAGGGAAUGGAGCACAUGUGACUAUCAAUGACUCCUUUGUUGUGGGCUCCAGCUUUGAACUUCUGUUUAACAUUCGUCCACGAAGCCUGACUGGACUCCUGCUGCAUGUUGGUGAUUCAAACAGGAGCCAGCAUGGACCUGCACUGGAUCACUAUCUCAGUGUGUAUAUGCUCAGAGGAGAGGUGGUCGCACGAGCAAACAAUGGAAAAGGGGAAUUCAUGGUGUCAGUGAAGCCAAAAGCUUCCUUGUGUGAUGGAACAUUUCAUAAGAUUUCAGUGAUCAAAAGGAAAAAUGUUGUGCAGCUGCAUGUGGACACAGUAGACAAUUACAAGAUUGGACCACCAUCUUCUAUGACAGCUUCGACCAAAAACUCCUUGUAUGUGGGUGGCAUUCCUGAUAUGUUGAUGCACCAGACACUCCCCGUCACAUCAUCCUUUGUUGGAUGCAUCCAGGACCUUCGGAUCAACAGUGAGCCCGUCUCUUUUGACCGUAUGUCUGCUGUGUUUGGUCCAGUCAACCUCAAAGAGUGUCCUGGCUGAAGGACUACAUCUCAUUCAGUGUAAUCAUUCAACAAAACCUGGGACCAUGUCCACCGCCAACCAUGUGCAAUCUGUUACCAUGACAGAGAAUGUGUUUGUGUGUGAGAAUGUACAUAUUAUGAGGAGUGUGUGAGUGUUUGUAUGUGAGGCUGUGUAUUUGGAUGUCUGUAUAAGAUAGAGAUCUGAGCAGUAGAUUACUCUUUGAUAGUAUUCUGUGCUUGGUUAAACAUUUCUGUAUUUAUUUUUGAUAACUUCAUGUAUUAUGGCACGGAUUGAUGAAUGAAUAUUCUAUUAUUUGUUUAACACUGAUGUGUUGGUCUGUUCAUUUCAAAUGCUACUGAAUAUGCUUGUGAUUGGUCAGGGCUGACGUGUGAGCAAUCCAGCACUUUAAGUAAACAAAUGAUGCUUUUGUGGUGGUGCUUUAAUGGAAAUCAACAUUAUAGUUUAUUUUUUUGUUUCAAAGUUUAUACCAGAAUUGUUGUGUUUACACCCACGGUGCUCAACUCAGUGACAUUUCAGGGGCUGUCAAGCUAUUUCAUAUUAAUGUCCAAAUACCAGCAUUUAGAUGUAUGCAUUUUUAACUGGUUAGUAGACAUGGAGUCUUCACACAGGCAAUUAAAUCACAUGUUGUUCCCUAUGUUUUAUUACUGUUGUUCUAAAUUAAUUUUCCAUGUUGCAUUCCUUUAUGUUGCGUUAUAAAGUUUUGUGUAGCUUUACGCUUCAGUUACACCAGAAAACAGCAUGUACUGAAUUUUAUGGAGCAGAGUCUAUGAGUUUUAAAAAAGUAUCAAACCAAACACUUGUAGUACAAUUCUUACAAUUUAUGUUUGGGACCAUUAACCAGCAUUAUGAUAAAGCUGAACAUAAUAUAACAAAAAAUAUACUGUAUUUGGUUCAUUGAAACUCCUGGCAAGUGUUUACUUUUUGUUUUGUACUUGUGUGGAAAUAUUUGUGAUAUAAAGAAGAAAUAUGCAUGAGGAUUGGACAUAAUUUAACAUGCAUUCCUAUCUUGUGACCACCGAUUUGUAAUCCUUUUUGUAAUCUUUUCAGUUAAUGAUCUUUAUAAAUAUUUCUCAGUGCCAUAAGUAGGUCUGAAGUGUCUUUUAAUUGGUGUUCAUGCUCACAUCUAACACAAAUGUGUGUAUUGAAUUGUGCAUUUUUGCAGAAAUCCGGGAAUAAUUGUUGAAUUAAACACAGCAAAUGUAUUUACUCUGUAAGACUAUGCAAAUAUAAUUUGAUUGUUUUUUGCGUAUUUUCUAAAAUUGGUAGUUAUAAGAUACUAAAUAUAAUUUCUCUUAACGUUUGACUGGCAGCAUGAGAUUUGAUAAAUGUUGGGCUAUGAAGUGAUAACCUAAAUUAUGUGUACAGAUCUUUUCAAAGUUGUGGUAAAAUAUGGGAAACAUCUUUGAUUUAACUUGAUUUAGAUAAUAAAAUCAUGACUUUAUUCAAAUUUAAAAAAGAAUUCAUCAGAAAUACACUCAUGAGUGAAGAUGUUGUGACACAGCCAAUAGGAUC